AUGGGUAUCAAUAGUAAAGUGGCUGAGGGCGUGCAGGUUGAGGAGGCGUAUGAGGCACAGUAUGCCUCGGUGGAGGGUGAUGACUUAUGCGUAUCCGAACCUAAGUAUGUAGUCUGUCAUGAAUUCAUUGGACAAGAUGAUAGGGAGGCAGCGAGCCUGGUAUCUAAGGUUGGAGAGCGUUGGAUACGGAUGAGGUCCGGAUAG